AUAUGCCUUUUCGAAUCGGUAAGAUCAACAAUAUAGAGAAAUUCGAUCCAGAAUUUUUCAAUAUAUCCGCUAUGGAAGCUCAUACAAUGGAUCCUAUGGUUAGAAUGAUACUAGAGCAUACUUACGAAGCAAUUAUCGAUGCAGGUGUCAAUCCUAAAGAGUUGCAGGGAACAAGAACGGGUGUUUUUACGGGAAUUUGCGUUGAUGUACAAAGUUUCUCUCUCUAUUUGAAAUCCAAUGUACGAUAUAUUUAA